AAGUACUGAAAUGCGUUUAUAUCAUAUUUUGCUAUUUACCCUUCAUUUAGGUUAUCAAUUUACGGGAAUAGUAGAUAAAAAUGAUUAAACAUUUAUAAAUAAUAUAUUUAUGUAACCAAACCCAAAAUUAAAAUGGUAAGGAAUAAUAAAGAAACCGUCGUUAAAGGUAGUACAGAAACAACAGCAGUGGAUAAAGUCAGCUUGUGUGUGGUCAUAACGACUAUCGUAAUUAUACUUAUUAUUGUUGUUACGGGAGUGUGCGUUCGGUUUUUAUUGGACGAAGAGGUGUCGAGGAUAAUUUUGAUUGCCUUUAUCUGUUUUUUGGUGGUUUUGGGAAUAGUGUCUUUGGGUUAUUUGGAAAUGAGACGGAGAGCCGCUGCAAAGAAUAGAAAAGUGGUGGUUAGAAACGGCCAAUAUUAUAAUAUACAACCUAGUGCGCCACAAGAUACCUCUUGGGAAUAUAGUAACAGAGCCACAAUGCCGGCAUAACAUUGUUAAUAUUUGUUUUUAUUAAAUUAUAUAUGUUAUUUAAAUAAAAUAUAACUGUUUUUGUA